AUGGGAGAGGUACAUGGCCGUAAAAUGUUGGAAGGACUACAGGGAAAAGUAACAAAACGUCUCCUUCAAAAACUCGGGGCCAUUGCUUGGCUGUUGGCAAUCCUCAUACUGGUUCCAACCAUUGCGAUUAUCAUCGUUGGUGCAGAUCAAACAGUUCUCGGUGGAUGGCUUGCAGUUGGAAGUAUUCUGGUUAUGGGUUGUUUGUUCGCCAUUGUAUAUUUUUACAUCAUGGUGUUCCUCGGAGUACAGAAGCGAAAGCAAAACCAAACUAACCAGGUUACUAUCAUGAUGAAAGCAAAACUCGAAUCUAAAGUUGCCAAGACUGAACUGGUUUAUUAA